UCCAAGAAAAAAUGUUCCGUAAAACUUUUCUAUUUUUAACAUUUCUUCUCGCAAUUCACGCUGCUUCGUCAAUUAACUGCGGCGCAACACAAAAAACCAAACUUGGCGAAUUGCGAAAAAAGUUACUUUGUGACUACGAUACCUCUGUUCGUCCCAUCAAAGAUCCCAACAAGCAGAUAAUCAUCACAGUAACGAUGCAUUUGAAGUCUUUCGAAUACAAAGAAGACGAAAAUCGCCUUACGAUUUAUGCUUGGAUGCCAAUGAGCUGGACUGACGAACAUCUAACAUGGGAUCCGAGCAAUUGGGAAGGAAUUAAGGAUGUUUUGGUAUCUUCUACCGAAAUCUGGACUCCAGACAUAAGUUUGUACAAUUCGGAUAACGGGCAAAACAUUCAGGAGCAUGGAUCGGUAAAUUGUGAAACUUCGAGUGCGGGUAGAAUUCAGUGCGUUUUGCCGAUAGAGUUUACAGCGCAUUGCAAACCGAAUUACGCUCGAUGGCCUUAUGACACGCAAUCGUGUACUUUGUACUUUGGCAGUUGGAUGAGUCCCGGCGAACACGUGGAUUACAACAAUAAAACGCUAAAAGUAGUAACGAGUGAAACGCAACCGAAUCAUUCGUGGAAAAUUGUCAAGUCAAAAGCCGUUAGAGUUAGUAAAACUUACAGUUGUUGCCCGAACGAGACUUUUCCAACGAUUAACUUCACUUUCGACCUCGAACGUCAUUCCGGAGUAAUGGAAGUUUUGUUCAUGUUUCCCGCAAUCUUCAUGAUAAUCACAAAUUUGUUGGUUUUGCUGAUGGAUUCGAGCGUCGGCGGCAAUCGUUUCAUCCUGUUAAGCUUAAAUAUCGUCACGCAUUUCCUUUUUGUGCAACAUUUGACAUGGCUUUUGCCUCAUAACGGCGAUACUGUCCCCAAUAUCUUACUUUUCUUCCGAGAUUCGAUGUUCAUUACGAUCGUUGUGUUGAUCGAAACUGUUCUCGUGCAAGCGAUGGAAGCAAGUCAACUCCCCAAACCGUUAUGGGUCGAAAAUUCCCUGAAAACAUUGUCGCAAAAUCGUGUCGGAAACAUUUUCUUCUAUCGCAUGAACGUGAAUUACGACUCGAAUGGCUUGAAAACUGGAAGUGAAGAUGUCGAAACGCAAGCGGAUGACGCAAUUUUGGUUGCCACAGCUAAAAAACGAGAAAUUACAGCGAUGAUGGUUCUUGCAAGCUUCAUAAAUCGCGUAAUGUUUGUCAUUCUCUUCGUUGUUUAUCUCAUCAUGUUUAUCGCUCUCCUUCCAGAAGGAUAUUAAUUUUACAUGAGAAGUCGUUUAUCGCUCUGUGACCAUAUCUAGAAGAAGCAAUAAAAGUUAAAAAUUAUAAAAAAAAUAUUUUAAAAGUCAUUUGAGCUCAUAAAUUAAAUACUUUUACUUACAUAUCGCUUCGACACGCGCGUAAUUCGCGAAAUAAUUUUUUUUUUGCUACUGAUAUCGAUUAACCGCCGAUAAAUGACGGAGAAUGGAGAUAAUUAUGAAAAUAUGUAACAAUAAAUUUAUGCUGACAGUGACUCAACAACUUAUGAAUAUUUCUCUGAGGUCGCUCCAAAUUUUUGUUUCUGUCUCAUGCCACAUUU